GCCCACAGUCCAUCUCCUGCCAAGGGCCAAGUGCUGCUCUGACCACCCAAGGAUUCUCCCCACACAAGCGCCUCCAGGUGACCCUGACUCCUGACUCUGGACCCUUCUGCCCCACUCUGCCCUUCUUAAGGGACUGGGAAGUCCCUAGAAGCCAAAGCGUGGGUGUUGACGCCCAGACAUCCUCAAGAGCCAAGGCUGUGCGGGGGCUCAGGCCUCAGCCCCCAACCUGGCUACCAUGGCGCGGCGGCUCCGGGGUGAGCUGGCUGCCUUCUUCUUUGAGUAUGACACACCCCGAAUGGUGCUGGUGCGCAACAAGAAGGUGGGCAUCAUCUUCCGUGUAAUCCAGCUCGUGGUGCUGGUCUACAUCAUUGGGUGGGUGUUUGUCUAUGAGAAGGGAUACCAGACCUCGAGUGGCCUCAUCAGCAGCGUGUCUGUGAAGCUCAAGGGUCUGGCGGUGACGCAGCUCCCGGGCCUGGGCUCCCAGGUCUGGGAUGUGGCUGACUACGUCUUCCCAGCCCAGGGGGACAGCUCCUUCGUGGUCAUGACCAAUUUCAUCGCAACCCCCCAGCAGGUUCAAGGUCACUGUGGAGAGAACCCGGAAGGGGGCACGUGCACCAACGACAGCAACUGCAUCGCAGGAAAGGCAGAAAGGAAGGCCCAAGGCAUCCGUACUGGCAAGUGUGUGGCCUUCAACAACACUGUGCAGACGUGUGAGAUCUUUGGCUGGUGCCCUGUGGAGGUGGAUGACAACAUCCCACGGCCUGCCCUUCUCCAAGAGGCCGAGAACUUCACUCUCUUCAUCAAGAACAGCAUCAGUUUUCCACGCUUCAAGGUCAACAGACGCAACCUGGUGGAGGAAGUGGAUGCCAAAUACAUGAAGACCUGUCUUUAUCAUAAGACCUUGCACCCGCUCUGCCCUGUGUUCAAGCUUGGCUAUGUGGUGGAAGAGUCAGGCCAGAAUUUCAGUGCCCUGGCUGAGAAGGGCGGGGUGGUGGGCAUCACCAUUGACUGGAACUGUGACCUGGACUGGCAUGUGCAUCACUGCAAACCCAUCUACGAGUUCCAUGGGCUUCAUGAGGAAAAAAGUUUGUCUCGAGGCUUCAAUUUUAGGUUUGCCAGGCACUUUGUGGAGAAUGGGACCAACCACCGGCAUCUUUUCAAGGUGUUUGGGAUUCGCUUUGACAUUCUCGUGGAUGGCAAGGCUGGGAAGUUUGACAUCAUCCCCACAAUGACCACCAUUGGCUCUGGGAUUGGCAUCUUCGGAGUGGCCACCGUUCUCUGUGACCUCUUGCUGCUCCAUAUCCUGCCCAAGAGGCACUACUACAAGCAGAAGAAGUUCAAGUAUGCAGAAGACAUGGGGCCAGAGGCGGGUGAGCGUGACCCCGGAGCCACCAGCUCCACCCUGGGCCUGCAGGAGAACAUGAAGACAUCCUGACCCUCAGUCCCCAGCUCCUGAAGGAUGCAGUGUGAGGCCUCAAAAGGGAGCCCUGCUGGGAUCCCAGCCAGGACAGAGGGCUCUCCUCAGGAGUCCUCCUGUCCUCUCAGGCAGGCAGACACCAAGCUGGCAGCAGCUCAGAGUGGACACUGGCACAGACCUAUGCAGUUCUGGGCUCUGGCUCCAACCCUACACCCCGCUCCCCCACCACCACCAUAGCAACCUCCCCACUCUCACAAUCCUGGACCUGAGCUUUGUGCUUCUCUUCCUAGGUCCUUAUCCACCCACGAGCUCAGGGUCUCUACCCCUGUGCUCUCCAGUAUGGCACACUAACCACAGCUGACUAAAUUUAAAUGUAAAUUAAUUCAACUUCAAUAA